CAUCGAAUGACAAGAUAUAUCGCUUCUGCAUCCUCAAUCAAAUGUGAGUACUUGAAUUUGUAUCCAUUGAAAUUGGGUUCCCUAUUUCCACCCUUUUCCUUUUCUUACUCUCAUUCUUCGAUCACUCUUCCUCGUUCUCCAUUAAAAAAGUUGUCAAUCGUCUCAGCAAUGGAUGUUUCUGGAGCUGAACCUUCAAAGGAGUUGCCAUUGGGCUUGGACUCAACCAUGGCUGAAGAAUAUGAUUCUCUGUCAAAGCUACUUUUACAAUUUACUAGCAUUCCUAGCAUUAACAAAGCCUGGGUGUUCAAAUCAAAUACAGGCAAGGAUUCCAAAGCAAUGUUUUCUAUUAACCAGUCAAAUCUAUUGGCAAAUAAGUCGAGAAAGUCUUUGAUAUCUGCUUAUAUAAGAAAGGAUGGAAACAAGCCCAUCAAUUUCGAAUGGUCCCCCUUCCCCUUGGAGCUGUCAGGGGUAUCAUUAAUGGUGCCUUCACCAUCUGGUUCAAAGCUUCUUAUGGUUCGAAACCCUGAGAAUGAUUCUCCCACCAAACUUGAAAUAUGGGGCCCUUCAGCCUUGGAGAAGGAGUUUCAUAUCCCCCAAUCUACUCAUGGUUCAGUCUACUCUGAUGGAUGGUUUGAACGUGUUUCCUGGAAUUCUGAUGAAACACUUAUUGCAUAUGUUGCUGAGGAGCCUUCCCCUCCUAAACCAAUCUUCAAUACAUUUGGUUACAAGAGUGAAAGUUCCAAUGAUAAGGAUUGUAACAGCUGGAAAGCCCUCGGGGAUUGGGAAGAGGGAUGGGGGGAAACAUAUGCGAAUAAAAGGAGGCCUACACUCUUUGUCAUCAAUGUUGACAGCGGUGAGGUACGUGCCGUUGAAGGGAUUAAAAAUUCAUUGAGCGUUGGUCAAGCUGUAUGGGCUCCGUCAUCAAAAGUCUCACAACAAAAAUUGAUCUUUGUUGGGUGGUCAUCAGAUUCAAGAAAACUUGGCAUCAAGUACUGCUAUAAUAGGCCAUGUGCUAUGUAUGCUGCCUGCAGUCCAUUCAAUGAGUUAGCAGGUGAUGAUGCUGAUCAUAGAUGCAACAAAGACUCGGGGGUGGUGAUAUUGACUCAGGGAAUUAAUAGUGCAUUCUCCCCUAUGUUCAGUCCUGAUGGCAAAUUCCUUAUCUUCUUGUCUGCCAAAGCUUCUAUUGACUCAGGAGCACAUUCAGCUACAUAUUCACUACAUCGUAUAGAUUGGCCCACUGAUGGAAAUCUAAAUUUAUCCUCCAAAAUUGUUGAUGUGGUUCCUGUUGUGAUGUGUCCUGGGGAUGGUUGCUUCCCUGGGCUAUAUUGCUCCAGCUUCCUGACGAACCCAUGGCUCUCUGAUGGGCGUACUGUCAUUUUAUCUUCCAUAUGGGGAAGUACCCAAGUUAUACUUUCCGUGGAUAUACUGAGUGGUAAUGUGCGCUUAACACCCCAUGAUUCUACAUCUUCAUGGAAUCUUCUCUCCCUUGAUGAAGAUAAUAUCAUUGCUAUUUGUAGCAGCCCAGUACAGGUUCCAGAAAUCAAAUAUGGUUCGCUUCUUAAAGAAUCUUCAACAAGUGCUUCAUGGAGUUGGCAAGAUGUGUCUGGCCUUGCUUUCAGAUGCUCUAAGGAGGUCGAAUCCUUGUUGUCUUCCCUUCAGUUCAGCAUUAUGAAGGUUCCUGUGAGGGACGGAUCAGGGAACUCUUCCAAAGGUGCUUCCAAACCUAUUGAAGCCAUAUUUGUGUCUUCCAAAAGAGAGAAAAGUGACUCCUGUAACCCAUUGAUUGUAGUUCUUCAUGGGGGGCCACACUCUGUCUCAACAACGGGCUUCUCUAAGUCAUUGGCAUUUCUCUCUUCAAUUGGUUAUAACUUACUAAUUGUUAAUUAUAGAGGCUCGUUAGGGUUUGGAGAAGAAGCACUACAGUCUCUUCCUGGGAAAAUAGGAUUUCAGGAUGUUGGUGAUGUGCUCACAGCAAUAGACUACGCUAUUGAUUUGAAAUUAGUGGACCCCUCUAAAAUCACUGUUCUGGGUGGUUCUCAUGGUGGCUUUCUGACCACCCAUCUCAUUGGACAGGCUCCUGAAAAGUUUGCUGCUGCAGCAGCCAGGAAUCCUGUAUGUAACCUCGUUUCGAUGGUCAGUACUAGUGAUAUCCCCGAAUGGUGUUUUGUGGAGUCAUUUGGGAAAGAGGGAAUAGCGCACUUUACUAGUGCACCCUCAAAGGAACAUUUAAGUGUCCUUUAUGACAAGUCUCCCAUUGCGCAUGUCAACAAGGUCAAAACGCCCACUAUAUUCCUUAUAGGUGCUAAGGACCUCCGAGUUCCAUCCAGCAAUGGAUUAGAGUAUGCACAGGCAUUGAAGGAAAGAGGAGUUGAAGUCAAGAUAAUUGUGUUUCCGGAAGAUAUUCACGCAAUUGACAAACCGCAAUCCGACUUUGAAAGCUUCCUAAAUAUUGGAGUUUGGUUCAAGAAAUACUGUAAAUAGACAGGAACUGAUAGGCUCCCGGCACUCAUGGAGGGAAAUUGAAUCGAUUGCUUGAAGAAACUGAAAGAGCUUUGCCCUCCUAUCAUUUCUUUCGUGUAACAUUCGUUCUUGAGAAGCUGAUAAAGCUCUUAAUAAGCAUUGACACUUACGUCAUUCGGUGCUGUAUAAUUCCGGGCAAUAGUGUGCUAUUAUCAGUACAACACUGCAGGUCCAGCAAUGGCAUUCAGAAAAAGUCGUUUUCAAGCAUCUGAACUGAAUUAGAUUAUGGAAAUGCGAAAUUAAACUGUGAUUAAAGUUAUAGAGUGAUUAGUUAUCUUUGUUAAGAUUUUAGUUUAAAUGUUAAAUUAACGGCUAAAUGUGCGUUCUCUGACAACAAACUAGGGGAUUUAAUUAGCAAACAACCCUACUACCUAUGUCUUUUAUGGUAUCGCCCAUAUUUGCACAAUUGCACAUGAACAUGCCCACGUUACUGCAAUAAACUAACGGCUACUUUGACAUAUUUUCAUUGACUAAUAGAAAGCCAAUUAAGCCCUUAGAUUGGGUUUUCUACUUUCAGAUGUAACCUUAAAUGAAAUAAAACGUUCAUGUUGACUUAUUACGGAUCGUACAUUAUACCCUGUAUAGAUGUAUAAGAUAAAUAUUGUAAUAAGUGUAAAAACACUUUAUGCAACUAUGCUUAUGUUUGCUUUU